UUACUGUGUCACACAGAAUUUAAGGAAGUGGCUUCUCUUUUAUCUGUAGAAUAACUCUAUUGCAAGAAAUAUGUAGUUGUGAAAUUUAGAAAAUACAGUUAUGAGCUCCCCAGGACCAGGGUUUUCCUACUUCCCCAAUGUCCUGCCUUAUAUUGAGAGGCCUGACAUGUCCGUACAUUCUGCAUGACUUCUACACCAUGGCUACAACACCAACUGAGCUCCGGUUACUUGCUGCUGAUCCUCAGCAGGUGAGCUUUCCUGAUGAAAUGCACAGUUCUUUGGAAAGCCUUGAUGAUGUCAGCCCCCCGAAUGAAGAAAGCUAUUCUAUCAAGCAAAUGGAAGGAGUGGUUCACGGCCAACUGGAAGAGCGGGUGCGACCUUACAUCGAUCUGGUGGACUCCCUGAGAAUGACUGGCAUCGAAAGGGACCUAUCGCUGCCGGCCAUUGCUGUGAUUGGAGACCAGAGCUCUGGGAAAAGCUCCGUAUUGGAAGCCUUGUCUGGGGUGGCCCUGCCCAGAGGCAGUGGUAUCGUGACACGCUGCCCGCUGGAGCUGAAGCUUCGGAAACUGAAGGGGGGGGUCCAGUGGCACGCAGUCAUCUCCUACAAGAAUGAGUACAUCGAGUUUAAUGACCCUUCAAAGGUCGAAAGCUACGUCGCAAAAGCUCAAAACGAUCUGGCUGGAGAAGGUGUGGGAAUCUGUGAGGACCUCAUCACUUUGGAGAUCAGCUCCCAAGAUGUGUGUGAUCUCACUCUGAUUGACCUCCCUGGGAUUGCCAGGGUGCCUGUGAAAGGUCAGCCAGAUGAUAUAGCUGAACAGAUCAGAAGCCUAAUUAUGAAAUUCAUUGGAAAGAGAGAGACCAUUAAUUUGGUUAUUGUCCCAUGUAACGUUGACAUAGCAACAACGGAAGCUUUGAGAAUGGCCCAGGAAGUGGAUCCUGAAGGGAAGAGAACUCUGGCCAUUUUGACAAAACCAGACCUCGUUGACAAGGGAACAGAGAAGAAUAUUUUGGACAUUGUUCGAAACCAAGUCAUCCCACUCAGCAAAGGUUACCUUAUUGUGAAAUGUCGUGGUCAGAAGCAAAUUGAUGACAGAAUCUCAUUAGAAGAUGCAACCAAGAUCGAGAGAGAUUUUUUCAGACGCCAUGAGUACUUCAGUUGUCUUCUGUAUGAGGAAAAAGCAACAAUACAGUGCCUGGCCAACAAACUGACCCAGGAUCUCGUUGACCACAUCAAGAAAUCCCUGCCAAUAUUGUCCGAACAAAUCAAAAAACAGCUGUGGGGCACAAAGAAGGAGCUGGGGUCAUAUGACACUGGCCCCCCCUUGGACACGCAGAAGAAGAAACUUUAUCUUAUUGAGACAUUAACAGAUUUCAAUGAGAAGGUCAAUCGUCUGGUAUCAGGAGAGGUUGUCAAUGAGGAGAACUUGUUUGUCCUUCUGCGGAUUGAGUUUCAAAAGUGGAAGGAACACCUUGAUGACUCCAAAACUGAAUUCCACAAAAUCAUGCAGGAAGUCGUAGAUCAGUAUGACCUUAAACACAGAGGGCGAGAGCUCCCCGGGUUCAAUAAUUACAGUGUGUUUGAGAGGGCCGUCCAGAAGCUGGUGGUACAACUGAGAUUCCCAGCGCUGGAGACUCUGAGGGUCACCAGAGAGAUUGUUCAGAAACAACUUGCUGACAUUGCGAAAAACUGCUUCAGUAUUUAUCCGUUGCUUCAGUGCAUCUCUUUGAACAAGAUUGAUAACAUCCAGUCGAAGCAGGGGGACAAGGCAGAAGAGAGGAUCAUUGAGCAGUUUGACAUGGAGGAGCUGGUCUACACCCAAGAUGGCAUCUACUUCAAAAGUUUGACUGAAAACAGUGGUCAAAAUGUCUCCGCAGACAAUUUUUCUAGCUACGACAGCAGGGUUAAGUACCCUGAGAUGCUCAAGGCUUACUAUGAGAUCGUUUUGCAGCGCCUGGCAGAUAUGGUGCCCAUGCUGAUCCGAUUCUUCAUGCUGAAGCAGUCGGCGAAAAUGCUCUGCUAUGAGAUGCUGAAGCUGAUGGAUGGUGGGAACGUGAACGACAUCCUGAAGGAGGAAUCGGAGGUCAGCCGCCAGAGGGCGGAGCUGCAGAACCGCAUAUAUCGGCUCAGCAACGCUCAGGAGAAGAUGAACAAUUUCUACUGAUGGGAAAUUCUCCACCUUUGUUCAUUAUAAACACAAAAAGCCCAGAAUCUGCUCUCUGAGACAAAGAAUUAAUGUAUCAAUCUGAGCCAUAUAACAGAAUCUCUUACCUGCAAAGUACUUGACGAGGCCUACCGCAUACCUUCAAACAGUCUUUGUCAUUGCCUAAAUUAUUUUUCUUUCUGUAUUCUAACUUGAAAAUGCACACAUAUGGUAGAACUUCUCAAUAAAAUGUUUGUCAGAUUCA